UCGUUCUAGAUGAUGGAUUUUAUCAUCCCUGUUCCAUUCUGACUCUAAGUGGAGGGGGAAGGAAAUUUGCUGCCUGAUCUAUGAUGACGCCUGAAGUUAAUGUUAUUGUUGCCAUGAAUGAAAAAACAUUGUGUACCAAGGGUAAGUGGACUUCAGCUAACACUAUUAGAGAAGUCAUUUUGCUUUGCUGCCUUGUCCUUCUCCUUGCAAACAUUUGCUUAGCAACACCUGACCUCGGUUAUCAUAUAAUGUUUGCUUUGAUAAUAUGCGUACAGUAAUCAUGGACAUUUUCUUGCAUUAGUUAAAAAGUUUGCAGACUGAGGUCUGGAGAUCCCAGAGAUGCUUGUUGGGUGCUUAUCAGGGGCUCCUCAGUGAGAAGACCAGCAACGACAGAUAAGCUUGCCAACCACUACAAAGCUACACCUGUCAUGAACAUACAUGACAAAAUUUGGGAGUGUCCUAGCGGUCAUCUAAGGCUCUCGCAGGGUGACAGUGAGGUCCAAACUGUGUGAAAUGCUUUGCACUCUAGAACCACACCUCAGAAUCCUAGUUGAUAUUCACGGCCUUAGAAACCUUGCAAAAUUCUUCUUUGGACGAUCACUUUUUUUUUGUUGCUUUAUUUCCAUGCCCCCCCCCCGCUCUGCCCGCCCAGUAAAUAAUGUCAAUCGAGAGUGUACAGAAUUUCAAAACAUAAAGGAACCUCCUGGAGGAGAUUCAUGGAGCCAUCCAGUCCAAUAGAGUAGACCAUUUUCCACAGUGGCCAAUCGGAAACCCACAAGCAGGGCAUGGAGGCAACAGCAGGACACACCCAGAAUAAAACCCCAGUCUGAAGAGGCCCUUUGUAAACUGAAAACGUUGCAAAAGUACAAUUGGUUGUAGGUUUUUGUACCAGAACCAUUGUCGGAGGGCCACUGUUGAUCAGCACUGCAGAGCACCGUGGCCUGCAGCCAGUGCUUUUUUCCUGGGGGUACGCAGGGGUACGCAUACUACCGCUAAACAUUUUGUGAAUCUAAGUUUGGCCUCAUUGGGGGGCAGUAUUUCAAUAUGAGUAGGAAAAUGAGAGUACCCCUAAACAUUUUUUUAAAGCACUGCCUGCAGCCAAAAGCUCAAAGUCUCUCUUCAGAGAGAGCCUCUCCUAGGAGCACCAGAGUUUUCAUCAGUGGGGCUGUGGGGUGGGGGGUGGGGAAUAAGGACCGAAGAAUUGCAAUUCCAAAUACAGUACAGCAACCUCCAUAUGCCAGUGAACAGCAGACCUGCAUAUAGGAGACAGAAUUCUUAGGGGAAGGAUUUGAACUCUACUGCAUCACUUUAAACCAUCAGGCUUUGCCCAAGUCAGACCCUCCCAGUGUCCCUUUUUUCCAGGGACAGUCCUGGAUUUACAGAAGCCACCCCAGUUUCUAAUUUGAUCCUGGAAUGUCAUGUUUUUCCUUAGGAUGUCCCUGUUUUCAUUGGGGAAAUGUUGGAGUGUGUGGAGUUCUGUGACCCCCUGAGCCAAGGAGCCAACAACCUUUAGAAUACACCUGAAGUCAGCCCUGUAUAGGAAAGUUUUUUAAAAAAAAAAGUUUAAUGUUUUAUUAUGCUUUUAUAUAUGUUGGACGCCAGCCAAAGUGGCUGGUGCAGCCCAGUGAGAUGGGCAGGGUAUAAAUAAUAAAAUUAUGAUUACGUAUGUCCCUAUUUUCAUUGGAGAAAUGUUGGGAGGUAUGUCAUUUUGUUGCCUGAGGUGGAAUGACUCCCUGUCUCCCCACCCCCCAAUGUUAAGGCACAUAAUACUUGAGGCCAGCCAAGUACUUCGUCACCGGAGGCAGAAAAUCCCACAAUUUUACUGCCAGUAAAAAUAAGAGUAAUAAUAAAUUAACUGUCAUUCAAAACCUGGAGUCUGAGAUGGCCUCUUCACUCUGUCUAAUAGUAGGGCUGACCCUGUAAAGCAUGGGUAGGCAAACUAAGGCAUGGGGGCCGGAUCCGGCCCAGUCGCCUUCUAAAUCCGGCCCGCAGACGGUCCGGGAAUCAGCGUGUUUUUACAUGAGUAGAAUGUGUCCUUUUAUUUAAACUGCAUCUCUGGGUUAUUUGCGGGGCAUAGGAAUUCGUUCAUUUCCCCCACCCCCUUCAAAAUAUAGUCCGGCGCCCCACAAGGUCUGAGGGACAGUGGACCGGCCCACGGCUGAAAAAGGUUGCUGUGAAGCGUCUACACUCAGAGUACUCGCGAUGCUGCACAUACUUGUUUUGGUGACUCAGGGGCCAGCAGGCAACUGACCAAAUGUCUGGAUAGUCACUGAGAACAGGUGACAGUUGCCUUGUGCAGAGUGCACUCUUUUGGUUCCUACGUGUAUUUGCGUACUCACAGUUCUGCGGGCCAUAUAAAUGUGUGGUUUGUUUCUUUGCUAGGACUUGCAGGUCCUGGUACUGUGCCAUGACAGGUUUAUGAAUUACCCAGUCGUGGUAAGAGGUGAGAGUGGGGCAGGAAGGGAAUCCACAGAAUCCCAUAAGAGUGUUUUAACUCUUUUGCAGGUGACAGGAGUGGGAUCAACGCCUGAAGAAGCAGAGGAUCCAGACUAAGAUGCACCUCUCCCAGUGCACCUCUAAGUUCCAUUUCCCCCCACUUUAAGGUUGGUGAAGUCUUCCCAGGAUAAAGAUUGGUAUUGCAAGAGUGGUAUUGAUAUCAUUAUCAUUAUCAUUAUCAGUGCUUUUUUCUGGGGGGACGCAAGGGUACACAUACCCCUAAACAUUUUGUGACUAUAACAGGAGAAGCAGCUGAAAAAUUUUUAGUUUCUUCUCUAGCAUGGUGAAUCGUCAGUUCCAUUGCUACCCCUGAUGGUGGCCUCAUUUCCUGUCAAGGUGUUUCCUGAGUCUCAGAUGGAAGCGAGCGUUUAAUGUGUGAAGUAGGAGUUGUAAUCUAGCACGGUGAUUGGUCAGUUUCAUUGUAUUUACUUUUCCCAGUUUGAACUAUAAAAUGGUGAUUUUCCCUGAGUCAAAAUGAGAGUACCCCUAAACAUUUUUUUAAGAAAAAAGCACUUAUUAUUAUUAUUAUUAAAAUGCACCAGGAUUUAGUAAAGAUUACUAAAUUUAGUAAAGAUUUAGUAAAGAUUUAGUAAAGAUUUAGUAAAGAUCCCCUAGGCUGCAAUCCUAUUUAUGUCUUUACUAACUCAAAAAAGGAGAGAAAUAGCAAAGUUGGAUAAUAUGGAGAUGGGCAAAGUUUACUUUAAUCAUGCACGUCUAAAGAAAACCACUGGGAUUAGCAGACCGAUGAGCCAAAGGAAAUGAAUGGGCUACUUGGUGGAUAAAAUUCAGAUUGCAAAUGCAAAUCAAUGCAAGAGAGAGAGAGAGAGAGAGAGAGAGAGAGAGAGAGAGUGCAACUCCUACAUUGGUUUAAUUAGUUUUAAAUUGGUUAUAUCCAUGCAGGAGCAAAUCUUGGGCACCUCAUGGGCAGCCCCAGGAGCUCCUGCAGCUGUGACCCACAUCCAGAGUUAAGUGAUUUAAAUGAGAAACUGGUAGAGAAAAGCAAAAUAAAUUGCCACUUUGGCAUUGUGGUUACACAGUUUCAAAGCACUGAACAAAGGAGCAUAUUGGAGUAUCCUUAACUGAUAAGUUUUACCCAUCACAGCUGGGCGUGGGGAGACCAGAUUGCUCCCUAAGGAAGCAAAAAAUAGUCUUAUCUGAUAUUUGGCAGCUUCCUAGGUUUUUAAAUUCGGAACCCAAUACCCAGUUCAUGUUGUGGCUUUUGCACUAGACAGGCACCACUGUCAGGGACUGAUCACUUCAUGCUGUGAAGGAAAGGAGAAGCCAAGGCUAUUCUUGGCCAUGUUGCCUCCUUCCUUUUCUCACGCCCAACAGGUGAGCAGAACCAUCAGAGAAGACAGCUCUGAUUUAUUUUUAUUUUUUUAAUGAUAUUUAUUGAAAAUUUUUAAAAUUACAGAAAAAGACAAAGCAGAGAAAGAAAAAAGAAAAAUCAGAAAAGAGAAAAAGGAAAAAAAACCACACCCAACAAUACAAAUUCAAAAAACAAAAAUACACCACAAACAGAUAAAAAUAAAACCCACAUUCUCAAAUCUUCGACUUUCAUUACUUUCUUUCUUUGACCUCCUCCUCCUCCCUUUUUUUGUAUCCCAGUUAAUAAUUAUCGCAGCAAAUCCUUUCCAUAUUUCAUAAUAUUCUGUCAUUACAUUACCUUAAUCUAUUUUCAUCUUAUCUUAUAAAAACCUUAAAACUUAAAACUUAAAUCUUAUUUUUACCCACUUCUCAUAACCAUAAUAUUCUUGCCUAAUUCUUUAAACAUUUUUACUAGAGCCAAGUAGUUUCGUUCCAACAUUUUUCUAACAGUCAUCAAUUUUAUAAAACAAUCCUAGUGAUAAAAAAAAAAGAAAUAGAAACAAUCCAAUCUUCAUCCAGCGUCCCUUCCUCCUGGUCCCGGGUUUUGUCAGUCCUUUGUAUCCCAUCGAUCUAGCGCAUUAACCUGGUAACCUUAUAUCCGAGGCCCUUAAGUCCCUUCCAUGUCCCUUCCGCAGCUCUUCUUCAUAUUCACCUUUUACUCGUGGGAACUCCAACUUGGUAAUGUUUUUGACCCUUUUCAACAAAUCAGCCCCUUUUCCAUAGUCCAGACUAAACUCCAUGUAGUAUUUAAAAACAUGUUUCAGAAUCCCUUCAAAAUUGAGAGCCCCCACAGCUCCAAACAUCUCACGGCCCAUUGCCAGACUCGGAAAGUCCAAACAUCCCUGCAUAGGGGGGUCUAUCCAACCCCCCAUUUCCAAAUCAGUCCAAACUUUAUCUUUCCUAAUCUGGCUUUUUCCAAGUUCAUUUGUCAAAUCCAAAAGCUCAUGUUCCUGCUGGGCCGCAGCUCCCUCCAUCUCUGGCGCCCAAGAUUCCGCAACAUCCUCUUCUCUCACAGAGAAGACAGCUCUGAUAAACUGGCAUGUGAAGCGGGAAGGCGGGUGCUCUAGGAGUGUGUAGAAAGUGUCUAAGUUACUUAGAAGUCACACUGUUUGUCAGUUGUCUGGAUCUGAGAGCAUUUUCCCUGCUCAGAGCGAGUUGACUUUGGGUGCCCUGGACAAAGGAUGGCGUGGUGAUGACAGUGGAAACUAACAUUUCUUGUGCACUUAUCUGACUGAUCACCUGUAAAAAGGGACAGCAGACACCAGGCUUAUGAGAUCUAUUUUAUUUUGUGUCAGAACCCCAAGAUCCACAAAUGUGGAGUCAGGUGCAACAGCCAUAUAUGCUAAGAAUUAAAGAAUUCUGAAGGCAGGAAUUUGCUUUGCUUUUUUUUUUUUAAAUUAUUAUUAAGUACCCAAGGCUUAACAGAGCUCACAGUCCUUCCAUACAAAAUCCUAUUGGGAGUCAGAAAUCUUUCAUGGUCUACUGUAAAUCAGCAAGAGGUCUACAGUAGGUCCCCAUCUACUUUCUGUCUCCCUCAAUGCUAUUCGCUCAUAGCUGUAUAUUUACAAAUACACAGGUUACAAAGACACCAGUAAACCUCUGCCUAGCCCCUUUCACCUCCAAAUGAAAUUGAUUCUUCGAAGACUUGAUCUGUUAAAGAGAGCACAAAGCAUUUCCCUCUCAUGAGUAAAUUUUUUUAAGGUCAACUGGUACUUUGUUGGGGCCAACACUGAAAAACAAAUAGCUGUCGGACCGUCAGGGAUGAGCACUUAAAUGACUCAAAAAAUAAUGAGUCUAACCAUCUGGGCAGCUUCAUUUAGAAAGAAUUCAAUGCCACUGAUUAGUUUGUAUUGUUGAAACAAUAAAAUGUUCUUUUUAAAAAAGAGAGACCAAUGUCUUGACAUUCCGAAACAGACUGGGAGGCAAGGCAGUCCACUCAUGCCAAUAAGAUGCUUAUACUAAAAUAAUUUCCACAAGGCUCUGGGUGGAACUGAGGCUGUGCACAUAUUCGAGGCUUAAAAUGCAAUAACUUCGUUUCCCCUUGCUGCUUUUCAAGUCGCUUUUUCACAUUGCUGUAUUCAUCGGAGAGUGGGUGGAGAUGUCUUCACCCAAUGCACAUUACCUAAUUUGCUUUCCCUCACCAAACUCCUGUUCAAGGAGGCUGUCGUCUGUGCAUGCGUUGUCAACUGCACAUGCACGACAGCUGUCUCAAAUGUACACACCUAAGCUUCACGUUUUCAAAUUGGAUGAUGGAAGCUGGUUUGAGGGGAAAUGCAUCAAACAGCAGUAUUUCUUGAACUACAGGAGACAAUAUGGAUUGUGGAUAACUUCAUGUGUGCUCAGCUUCAAACACCAGUGGCAGGAGCACACUGAAGCCAGAAUCAAUGUCAAUGAGUACACAGCCUAAAUCAGAAUGGAAGUUGUUCAGAGUAGAGCAGAGUUUAAAUACUUUAAAUAAAUAAAUGUCUUGCUUAAAACUCUCCCUAGCAAUUAAACAUUAUAUGAUUGAGAUAGCAUCAUAAACUAGUUCCUACAUUGUUUUAAACAGUUGCUGAUUUAUUUAUUUUUCGAGUGGUUGAGUGAAGACAUAUGGAUAUGUUAUAUAUUGUGAUAAAUAACACAGUUAAAUUAAUAUCUAGCCAGCCAACUAGCAAACAAUAACAUGGCCGAGCCAGCUUGUGGAGCAAGGUUGAAUUUGACAUCACUCACACACUUCAUCAGGAGAGGGACAAAGAGGGGGGAGGUGGAUGCGCCAAUCUGAAUUACAUAACAAAAAUGCUUCUCAACCCCAGAGCAUUAGGAAGUCAAAUUACCUCUCUGAUGCCUUUCCUCAUAGCUUCAUCAAACACUGCAGGACUUGAAUCUGCUAAAAGGCUUCUUCAAACACAUUUAUCUCUGCUAAAGUAAAUGUGUGAAAUAGCUCUCCUGUAGAAAAGGUCCUUUAAGUUCACCCACUGAAACCAUCUGUUGUGUGAAUCAAAUUCAAUAGCUUUAUAUGAUUCCAUUAAACACACAACAUAUAUAGUUGGCAGAAUGUCUUCUCACCCCCUCAUAUUUUUUAUUAAAGAGCCACAAGAGGUUAUUUACUUUUAUUGUUUUCUUAGUUCCUAUUUUCUUUCAUCUUAUUGGCAAGGAGCACAAUGCACACUGAUUAAAAAAAUGCAUCCAUAAAAAUAACAAAACAAUCAAGCCUAGACUGGUUCCCUCAUUCAUUUUCAUUUUCAUCUUUUUGAUACGGUAGUGUCAUAUAUAUAUAUUUAAAACCAUUCUAAUUUCCUCUGGGGAAUAUUUUGUAUGCAGGCACCCCCCUGUGGUGACAAUUGGUAUUUAUGUCAAGUGAAAAGCUUGAAAAUUGAACAGGAUUACUUGACCAGGUAGAGAUACCAGCCAUCUUCACACAGCCAGGAUCAGGACGCAUUCCUAAUUGUACGCGAGUGAAAUUGAGCACAACUUCAAACAAUCUCCUCGUGACUUUGCCACAUCAGAUGUGGUGGGCAUCCUUUGCUUAACCAGUGCUAUUUUUCUAGAAAAAAAGAGGUGCUGGAACUCACCAUGAACACCUCCCUUGUUCUCUUAUACAGUGGUACCUCAGGUUAAGAACUUAAUUCGUUUUGGAGGUCUUUUCUUAACCUGAAACUGUUCUUAACCUGAAGCACCACUUUAGCUAAUGGGGCCUCCUGCUGCUACUGCGCCGCCGAAGCACAAUUUCUGUUCUCAUCCUGAAGCAAAGUUCUUAACCCGAGGUACUAUUUCUGGGUUAGCGGAGUCUGUAACCUGAAGCGUAUGUAACCUGAGGUACCACUGUAAUGGCGCCCACCUGAGAGGGACCGAAAUGGAAUUCUGGCAAGUUCCAGCUGUGAAAAAGCCCUGCUUAAGCCUGCUCUAAGGCCAAAUAUGUUACAAUGCUGCUGUUGUCCAUGUAAACCUGAUACCUUAAGGAAGGAAAGGACCACACAUUAUGAACGGUACAGCGCUGCCGUUUAAAUGGCCACCCCCACUGUGAGGUUUCUUCAUCAUCAUCCCUACAAUGAGGCAGAAUGAAGCAGGGGCUUCAGGUGGCAGAUUCUGAGGUCCGGGAGCGGCCAGAGCUGUGAGUGCCUGUGCCAGCCUGUUGCCCUCAACUGCAGUGGAAAACACUGUCCUUUCCCAGUAUUGGAGUAAGAUUCAACUACCAGUCCCGCUGGCUGCUAUCUGUGCCUUGGAGAAGGCGCCAUCUUGUCCUUUACCUCAUAGCUGUCAACUUUUCCCUCUUCUUGUGAGGAAUCCUAUUCGGAAUAAGGGAAUUUCCCUUUAAAAAAGGGAAACGUUGACAGCUAUGCUUCACCUCAGGUGGCAAAAUGUCUUGAACAGGCCUUGGCAAAAGGGAAAGAGGGAGAUCUCAUAAUGGACUACCGUAUUUAUUAACAGCAGGCCUCUUUUACAUUGCGACAUGUAGUUCUGCCCUUUUUCUCAGUAUUUUCUAGACCAGCACAAUGACCAAUGCACAGAAGGUAACCUAUUUGGAGGCACAUGGUUUUUUUCAAGAUCUUGUUGCUGUGUGUAUUAUUACUGUUUACAAUUGCAAUUUAGAAGUAUAAUAGGCUGUACCAGUGCUAUUUUUCUAGAAAAAGAGGUGCAGGAACUCACCACGAAUGCCUCCAUUCUUCUCUUAUAAUGGCAAUGGCACCCACCUGAGAGGUACCGAAACUCUGGUGAGUUCCGGCUGAAAAAAAAGUGCCCUGGGCUAUGCUUAGAGAUGGGCAUGGUAACAGAAGCAGGUUUUAAUUUCAAAUAAAAAUGCAAAGCUUUAAUGGCUUUUGCCUGCAGCGAUUAUUCAUGUAUUUCUGGUUUUUAUAGCACAGCAGCAGCAGUAGUUAAUCAAGGGUGCAAAUGGCAAAUGCCCAGUCUUGAGAGAAAUGAGCUGUGCAAAAGAUUCAGACAAACAUGGCCCAACUGUUCAUAUAAUGGUUACAUAAGACGUGUAUUUAGCAUCACACACCUUUGUUCACAAUUUGCUGCAGAUCAGCAUGUCCUUCAGUUCUCUUCCUCCAUUAAAAUGGCAAGCAAACAAAGGGGGAGGGGGCUCUUUCCAAAACCAGGAGAGCCAUGCGUCCUUGCCAAGAGUCACAUGCUCCAGGAACGGACAAUAUAAAAGCAAAAAAUCAACCACCGUUCACUGCCUUCAUGUCCUCGUCUACUCUCCUUUCCAUGGUUUCAAUUCUCCCAUUGAAGCUAAAGAACAAAAGGGAACUUGCUUCAUGCAAGGGACUCGGUCUUAGUGCAGUUUCUAACAAGUUAAGAUGGAUCUUCUCCACAGCCAUGGCGUGCUCAUAAUUCAGCAUUUGCAGAAGGAUUACAGGUCAUACCAGAGCUUUCUAAACUUCAUGUCACAUGUCGGAGAUCCUCGGAACAUUUUUUCAAUUUAUUUUCCUCUUUGGUUCCAGCUUAAUCAAGUGGUUGGGACAAAAAUGAUCUGGGUGGCAGUGAUCGGUGAUUGGUUUAAUCUUAUAUUUAAAUGGUAAGGUUCGUUGCUUCCUUGGAAACUUUGGGAAUGGCAGGAUCCACAGUCUUCUGAGAUGAGAAAUCUUCCGGGGACUGUUGGUUACUGAAAUUAUUUAGGGUUUCAUUGAAUGCUAGCCGGAGUUGAUCCAUUAACACUGAUGUGUAUAACUAACUUAGGCUCAUUAAUUCCAAUGAGUCUGUUCCCUUAGUUGGAUGCAACCUGUAGUAUAUAAGCUUUGAAGAGUUAUCUUUCCCCCUUUUAAACAAGACAAAGGAAAGUAAGGCUUCUGCUUCAGCAUAUUAUGGUAAAACUGAUCUAGCAGUCAAGCAAGAAUAAGAGAGACUGGUAUGCUGCUAAAUAACGUGUUGGAUUUGUGUGUCCAUUGAAGAUAAUGCUUUCUUUUCUGGCAGGAUUUUGUUUGGUCAUCGUCCAUAUUGGUGGGUCCAGGAGACAAUGAUCUAUCCAAAUCAAACUACCCCAUGCCUUGAGCAGUUUCCUAUAACAUGUGAAACAGGACCAGGUAAGAUAUAGAGUAUGAUCUGGAUGCCACUGCAAAGCAGAACUGGGGUUGGUCUGUGUCUGGGAACGUUGCCUUUGGUUCUAUGAUAGAAGGAAGGUGGGAAAUAAAUGUGAGAAUAAUUUUGUGUAUGUGUGUGUGUGUGUGUGUGUGUGUAUGCCUUCACUACUAUGGAGUUGCAAAUGGCCAGCUGUCCGAUUUUUUUUGGGGGGGGGAGAUUUAAAUUAGGGAAGAAAUUCCCCAGAAUGAUUUAAAACAGCAUGAAGUACUGAAAAGACCUGGUUCAACUGCUUGUGAUAACAUUCACAUCCUUGCCCCCAUCUGUAGAAAAGCAGUGUAGAAAAUGCUAGUCUUAGUAGGAGAUUUCAACUUCAGAAGUAGGUUUCAUAAGAAUGAUUAACUGCAGAAAAGAAAGAAGGAAGAGAAGGAAAAAUUGCAUAUCAUUGUAGCAAUGAAUAGAUCAGGUACUAUUUGUUCCACCAGCUACAGGGUAGCUGAGUCAAUCAUUUAUAAGGAUGGGCUUUAAGUUCUGGAAACCAAUAAAACUGUUUAGGACCAGCAACAUAAGUGGCUUGGUACUCAUUUCCCUGAGAAGUUAAUAUCUAGUCUGGCUGCAAAGAACAGCUGCUUGAAGUGUUUCUUCAUGCCAUGCUUUCCCAUACCAUGUUACCAAGUAUUACUACAGGCCAGUGAAAUAUGGAUUUGACAAAAAGGAGCUGUGAGCAAUUUACCAGGCACAGAAACAGAGCAAGCUGCCUUAUCCUGAGCCCGUUUCGUGGAGCCUUGUCUACACUGAGUGGCAGUGGCUCUUCAGGAUUUCAGGCAGGGAGUCUCUCCUAGCCCUACCUGGAUGCUGGGGAUGGAACCUGGGACCCUCUGCAUGGAAAGCAGAUGCUCUAACAGGUGAGCUAUGGCCCUUCCCCAAAUGCAAGUGCCAUGCACCAGCACCACAUGGUAUUGAGAUUAGCCUGAAGACAUGCGAUACAGUUCUACUGCUGAAGCAAAGGAACACUGGCCCCGUCAGCCAAUCGCAUGGGAAACCUCCUGGGUUUCGCAUGUAAGUUGGAGGGUAAACGGGAUACAAGUGAAAUAAACUGAUGUAAGGAAACAGCCUGUGAGAAUGGGCUGUUUGUAUAUAACUGUCCUGUCCCACCCCGGCAGCUCCAUACCCUCCAACAUUUCUCUGAUGAAAAUAAAGGUAAAGGUACCCCUGUCCGUACAGGCCAGUCGUGUCCGACUCUAGGGUUGUGCGCCCAUCUCACUUAAGAGGCCGGGGGCCAGCGCUGUCCGGAGACACUCCGGGUCACGUGGCCAGCGUGACGAAGCUGCUCUGGCGAGCCAGCACCAGCGCAGCACACGGAAACGCCGUUUACCUUCCCGCUAGAAAGCGGUACCUAUUUAUCUACUUGCACUUAGGGGUGCUUUCGAACUGCUAGGUGGGCAGGAGCUGGGACCGAAAGACGGGAGCUCACCCUGCCGCGGGGAUUUGAACCGCCAACCAUGCGAUCGGCAAGCCCUAGGCGCUGAGGUUUUACCCACAGCGCCACCCGCGUCCCCUGAUGAAAAUAGAGGUGUCCUAUAUAAUAAUAAUAAUAAUAAUAAUAAUAAUAAUAAUAAUAAUAAUAAUAAUUUUAUUAUUUAAGUCUCACCCAUCUGACUGGGUUGUCCCAGACACUGGGCAGCUUCCAACAUAUAUAAAAACAUUAUUAAAUAGUAAAUAUUGAAAAACUUCCCUAUACAGGGCUGCCUUCAAAAGUCUUCUUAUAAAGGUUGUAUAGUUACUUAUCUCCUUGGCUCAGGGGUAGCGUAACUCCAUACCCUCCAACAUUUCUCUGCUGAAAAUAGGGGUGUCCUAAGGAAAAGCGGGACAUUCCAGGAUCAAAUCAGAAACCAGGAAGGCUUCUGUAAAUCCAAGAUUGUCCCUGGAAAAUAGGGACACAUGGAAGGCCUGCAGCUCCAUCUCUAAUAGAUUAGAGAUUAGAAUGCUAAUUUUGCUACCAUGAGUAUGGAUCAGUUACCUUUAUGGUUAGGGAUUUUAUUUUCUUUGCUUUUUAAGAUUCAUUGGCUGCUAGUUUCCGUGGGUGAUUUCUCCUUCUCUGGUCUGAUGGGAGAUGUCUCUUAAGAUUGGGCAUCUAGUUGCUCUGCAUGAACUGCAUAUGAAUACUGCAGGCAAUUUAGUCCUAUGGGCACAUCUGAAGUUUAUAAGGCGGCUCUUACCUGCUCCUGAUCACUGUUUGCUGAUCCCCCCUGUAACUGCAGUAUUGUUAAUUAAGUCGUUUGGAAUGCUAGAUGCCCACAACCCUGCCUUGCGACAGACACAUGGGCUUUGGAGAUAUACUGGUGCCUUUUGGAAUUUUACCACUGCCUUUGUUAUUUCCCCACAGGAAGCCCCUCUGGACAUGCCAUGGGAUCAUCAUGUGUCUGGUAUGUGAUGGUGUCAGCAGCCCUGAGCUACACGGUCAGGCAGAAAGGGAAAUCAACCAUUAAUCUGCACAGGUCAGUCUCUUUCCCAAAGCCACCCAUUUAGGAACAUUAUACAUUUGCCACGAGAUGGGCAGUGCGAAAAUGUGAAAAUGCUUUCGGUCACCUUUUGUUACUGUUUUUUUGAUCAAGCAGCAACAAUACAAAGGAGAUUUUGCAGCGGUUCCUUUGGUAACUUAAAGCUUUAUGUGCCAUUAAUGCCGAACUCAAGAGAGAGGAGCGGAGGGGGAGAUGAUAAAGACAUGCCCUCACAGAAGGCUAGAGAGGCCCAUUCCGCUUCCAAUUAUGGAGACCUUUCACCAUGAAACAAUUAAAAAUGACAAAACAUGAAAACAAAAUAAAGCAAUUUUUUUGGUCUGAUGCACUUAAAAAACAGGUACAGUGGUACCUCGGGUUAAGUACUUAAUACGUUCUGGAGUUCCGUACUAAACCGGAAACUGUUCUUAACCUGAAGCACCACUUUAGCUAAUGGGGCCUCCCACUGCCGCUGCGCCGCCAGAGCACAAUUUCUGUUCUCAUCCUGAAACAAAGUUCUUAACCUGAAGCACUAUUUCUGGGAUAGCAGAGUUUGUAACCUGAAGCGUAUGUAACCUGAAGCGUAUAUAACCCGAGGUACCACUGUAGUGGCAUGCUAAAUGCCAAAAUAAAAAACAAGUUUCUAAAUUUGAGGACUCUUUGACUUUGAGGUCCAGGCCAAAUGACCCCUGUGGCAUCCACUCUGAUCAGCCCUGAACUGAGAUGUGGAUGCUGAGAAGAGAGAGGGGGAAAACAGUCUAAUAAUUUUCAUUUGGUUUUUGUUAUUAUUUCCUCCAACUGUUUCUUUAACAGAAUCACCUGGUCUUUCCUGUGGAGCAUGUUCUGGAUUAUUCAGAUCAGUGUGUGUGUCUCGAGAGUCUUCAUAGCAACACAUUUCCCUCACCAAGUCAUCCUUGGAGUGAUUGCUGGUAAUAAGGACAGAGCUUUCUUUUUCUAUGGCAGGAUUUUCUAUGUACAGGAUUUUGAAAAUUAUGGGAAAGUGUGUUCAUCAGUAUAUUAUGUGGGUAGUGGGAAUGCAUAUCUAACCAGGUGUUCAUGUCAAUGUUAAAGUUGUUUUCAAAAUUCUGAGGCGAUAAGGAGUAAGAAGCGGUGGCAGCAGGGCUAAAUUUCACACACUGAUUUUAACUUAUUUAGCUGCUGGCUUCUAGUUAAGACUUUUAAGUGAAAAGGAAGUGUACUUAGUUUAGGCUAUGUACCCAUUAGUGACUUAAACUCCUCUGCAUUUCAAGUCACAUUUCCACAUUGCGGUACACACCAGAGUGAUGGUGGGGCUGUCUCCACCUGAUGUGCUGGGCCUAUUUGGUUUCCCAACGCCUGCAACCCAACUCCAUUCAAGAAGUUGUCUUCUGUGCAUGUGCAAUGACUUUCUCAAGUGGACACACCUCAGCUUAACUGCAGAGUGACUGUGGCUGACCUUUUCAAUUCAGAUGGUGUGUGUGUGUGUGUGUGUGUGUGUGUGUGUGUGUGUGUGUUUGUGUGUGUGUGUAACCUCUAAGUGAUUUUAAAAAAGAUAAAACAUUAAAAGUAACUAAAGGCAGUUAAUAGGUAUUUAAAAAUGUUCAAAAGAUGAUUAAAAUCAACAGUAAACAAAAGGAUUAAACACAUGCCAGCGUUCUUCAUGUCUGGAUACUCUUGCCUAAACAAAAACAUUUUAAGCAGAUGACAAAAAGAGAACAACGAAGGUGCCUGUCUUACGAAGGGAUACAUUUUGCAAUACCUUAAAUAUCACACCAAACUCUCAUUCUGGUGUGUGGGGUUUUUGGCUAAGCAUGGAAAUAUAUCCGUUUCAAGUAAACACAUCACUUCUAAUGUCUCAUUUCUUCAUUCACAGGCAUGCUCGUUGCUGAAGCGUUUGAACAUGCCCCAGCCAUCCAAACAGCAAGUUUAAAAACAUAUAUCCAGACAAAUGUGUUCCUCUUUGUUUCCGCUCUCGGCUUUUACUUGGUUCUGAAGCUUAUCGAUAUUGAUCUUUUGUGGUCUAUUCCGAAGGCAAAGAAGUGGUGUGCCAACCCAGAGUGGAUCAAUAUUGACACGACUCCAUUCGCCGGACUGGUGAGGAACUUAGGUGCCCUGUUUGGGCUAGGCCUCAGCAUUAACUCUGAGAUGUUUAUCUUGGGCUGUAAAGGUAAACAUGGCUAUAAACUGAGUUUCAGGAUGUCAUGCAUAGCUACAUCCUUAGCCACGCUUCAGCUCUAUGAUUUUAUCAAGAUACCCACCCACACCGAGUAUCUGUUUUACAUCCUUUCUUUCUGUAAAAGUGCAGCCAUACCGCUUACGGUUGUGGCCUUUGUUCCGUAUUGCAUAUACUUGCUCAUGAAGCCAACAGAAAAGAAGUUUCGGUAG